GCUGACCCCGCAUUUUUUGAAAGGGUUGGUACCGAGAAUGAGGCAGGUGGAAGCUUAGGGGACUGCCGACUUAAGCCGGCCGUGGUACAGAUAAUUCAAGAGCUGUAUCAAAGCAGCUUCCAUCCUUUCUGGGACGAGUUCCUCGGGAUUAUUACUCAACACUUGCUGAUCGAGCAGCCACGGAACGACCACAGUCAGCAACAAAGGAUGACUGCCUUGCAGUUGGCGAGGAGAUUGAAAAGACUUUGCGAUGACCUCAAUUCCAGCAUUGAGUUGACUGGGUGGAGACCCCAGCAUCCCGCCGUUGCUCUUACCACAGCCACCGCGUCCCGACUGCCUCCACUCUUUCUGGCGAACCGCUUGCGAGGGACUUCGUCUGUGCCGUCGCUUCCUCUCUCCCAGUGGCUUGGGGGCGCUGCUGCGUCUCGAGCUGGACUGGCGCCUCCGAUAUUACAAGCUGAACAUGCCGAUACGAGCUCAAAGACACUGACGAGCUCCGCCAGCAAAAGACCAGGCGAUACAUCGGUAUCCAAGCGGGGGCGGCCCCGGAAAGUAAAGCGAUCAGACUGUAGGCCGUUGUUGGCAUGCCCUUUCUUCCAGGUUAACCAAAAUUUCUUCCGCCAAUUCUCCAACAGCUGCUCUGGCCCAGGGUUCGACGAUUUCCACAGACUUAAAGAGCACAUACAGCGACGACAUAUGCCAAGCCUUCACGUCUGCCAGCGUUGCGGUGAAGAGUGCAAGUCGGAUGAAGGCCUUUAUAGGCACCAUAUGAUGCAUGAUAAAUGCGAGGUCGUCGAGAGGACUCCAGCCGAAGGCUUCCUCACUCACGAGGCUAUGAUGAAGCUCAAAGGCCGCAAGAAAUGGGGCAAUGGCACCACAGAGGAGGAGAAGUGGCGGGUCACGUUCGGCAUCAUCUUCCCCGACCACCCGAUGCCUUCACCAUAUUACGGGCACGAAGCGUCCGCCGCUUCACAAUCCUCGGAAGCUAUCGCCGACACAUCCAUAACGACACUGGACCCAACUUUCAGCUCAUUGUCCUCCGUCGUGACCCGCAGCAGCGGCAGUGUGACGUCUCAGCUCGCCGAUUACACAGAGUCUCUCAAGCGUCCUCUGCCUGCCAACGGCGAGUGGGAAUUCGGCUUCCAGCUGGGCUGGGACCUCGGCAUCGACCCGGACAAGUGCAAUCUCCUGGCCCAGCGUUUCCGCUUCGAACAACUCAAGGGUAUCCGAACUGCUCUCGGCAUCCCAGUCAGCCAGUCUCCACCUGCUGAACUCACACGUGGCGCCCACAGUGACGCUACGACAGCCGCUAUGGCUGGCGAGUUUGGCUUUGAAGCUGUCGACGUCGGCGAAGGCAUCAUCCGCCCGGAUGUCCCCUCCCAUCCCGAACUGCUAGCACCCGAGCUUAUCCGUCCCGGUGAGAUGGGUCAGAAAAAGGGAAAGCAGAAGAUGGCGGAGCGUGCAACGCCGACCACUUAAUGCUGUUCCACUGCGGUGGUAGGUACUGUGACUCACUGUCAAGCAGGCUUGGUAGACUAGUCAUUUAUGACGGACAAAUGGUGCAAGGUAGGGUUUAUUGUAUGC